AUAUCCAUUGCUCCCUCCCCCCUCUCUCCUGUCCUAAUUCACUACGCCGCUAUUUAUUUUACUAUUAAUUGCCCCGACUCCGUCUCCGUCCCCGUCCCCGUCCCCCGUCCCCGCCCCCUCCGCCGUCGCCACCCCAAAUUCCCACGCAAACCCUAAGCCAGCCAGCCAGCCAGCUAGCUCGACAGCCCAGCCCAGCCCAAUGGCGGAGGACGCCGGCGACAGGGACCAGCAGCAGCAGCAGCAGCCCGCCGCGGCCGCGGGGGCCGGAGCAGGGCACGAGGACGGGGGCGGCAGGGACGAGAGCUCCGUCAAGCUCUUCGUCGGCCAGGUGCCCAAGCUCAUGACCGAGGCCGAGCUGGCCGCCAUGUUCCGCGACGUCGCCGUCGUCGACGAGGUCACCGUCAUCCGCGACAAGGCCACCAAGGCGUCCCGAGGUUGCUGCUUCCUGAUCUGCCCAUCAAGGGAGGAGGCUGACAAAGCAGUGAAUGCAUAUCACAACAAACGCACGCUUCCUGGGGCCCCAAGUCCAUUGCAAGUAAAAUAUGCCGAUGGAGAGUUGGAAAGGCUGGAGCACAAACUUUUCAUUGGAAUGCUACCCAAAAAUGUGACAGAUACUGAAAUGACUGAUUUAUUUUCACAAUAUGGAAAUAUCAAGGAUUUGCAGAUUUUGAGAGGUUCACAACAGACGAGCAAAGCUGGUUGCGCCUUUCUGAAGUAUGAAACAAAAGAGCAGGCUGUGGCAGCUAUCGAAGCUCUAAAUGGGAAGCACAAAAUAGAGGGUUCAAGUGUGCCUUUGGUUGUAAAAUGGGCUGACACAGAAAAGGAAAGGCAGGCUCGAAAAGCACAAAAGGCUCAAUUUCCGCAGUCUAAUAUGUCAAAUGCAAAUGCCAUGCAACAAAGUUCAUUAUUUGGUGCUUUACAGAUGGGAUAUGUGCCUCCGUAUAAUGGAUUUGGCUACCAGCCACAAGGAACCUAUGGACUUAUGCAGUACCCUUUAUCUCCGAUGCAAAAUCAAGCAGGCUUCCCGAAUAUGGUUCAGCCUGUCAAUCAAGGAAGCUCAAUACGGGGCGUUAAUUCUGAAUUAUCCCCUAAUUCACUUCCUAGGUCAUUCAAUUCAAUGCAGUUGGGCAGCCCUUAUCCAGCUGGGCCUGGUAUGCAGUAUCCUGGGUCAUAUGCUGGUGGUGGCAUCAAUAGUCGUCCUUACAUGAACUCUCAUAAUUCAGUCAAUAAAGUUCCGAAUGCAAAUGCUACAUCUCCCACAUCUUCAAGCACCAGCAGCAACACUGGUCCUCAGCUAGAGGGUCCUCCUGGAGCCAACUUGUUUAUCUAUCACAUCCCGCAAGAAUUUGGCGACCAAGAUCUAGCAAAUGCAUUUCAGAGUUUUGGUAGAGUAUUGAGUGCCAAAGUGUUUGUAGACAAAACGACCGGUGCUAGUAAAUGCUUCGGUUUUGUAAGCUACGAUUCUCCUGCUCCUGCGCAGGCAGCCAUAAGUAUGAUGAAUGGGUUCCAAUUAGGUGGCAAAAAGCUGAAAGUACAACUCAAGAGAGACAACAGCAAGCACAAUAAACUUUAUUGACAGCGCCCAGUCGAUACCUUCCAACACGAUCAGGAAAAACCGGUACAUAUGUGUCGCACAAUUGAUCGUUUGUCCCAUUGUUUCUUCUGGCCUCCACCAUGUGUCGUCGUCGGUGGGGGCUUGUGUAUCUUGGCUCAAUUCAAUUCAACAUUCUUGAAAACUGCUAAAGUGUGUAUUUCGUCGUAGCAUAGUUGUAGCAUCUGUACCAUCAGAUUCAGACCCAUUGUACAUCAGACAUUGAUUCAUUCAAUUGCUCCCUUUUUUCUACUGAA